AUGGGCUGCAGCUUUAGCAAGGCAGAGGCGCUGGUGGACUGCCGCGUGCUGGACACCCCCGCGGAGCGACAGUAUGACACCGUCACCGGCCUGCUGCAGCAGAUCUUCAAGGCGAGGCCAUGCCUUGGGGCCAACCCAGCGCCGGUGGCGGUGGUGGGGCUGAUUGGAGAGGACCGGCUUUGGUUCAAAUCAAUCCAGGGCCUGGAGUCCAAAGGAGGCCAGCGCCUCCACUCCUUCUGCGAAGCCUCUCUGAGGCUGCCCUGCCCCACGCUGAUGGUGGUGCCAGACACGCUGCAGGACGCCCGCUUCCAGCACAACCAGUUUGUGGUGAACCCUCCGCAUGUGCGCUUCUACUGCGGCGCCCCUCUGGUGUCAAGCGAGGGCUGCAUCCUGGGCUCCCUGGCUGUGCUGGAUGUCAAGCCACGCACCAUCCCGGCAGAGACCGCCAACCUGCUGUGCUCCUUUGCCGAGCUGGUCACCCGGCAGCUGGAGAAGGGCAGGGUGGAGGCAUGGAAGCGGAGCGCGAAUGAGGCCGCCCGCAAGCGCACAGUGCGUGCACUGGCUUGCUUUGAGGAAGCCGUGGUGCUAUGUGAUGUCAGCACCCCUGGCUGGCCCAUUCUGUAUGCCAACGAGCGGUGGAUUCAGUCAGUGGGGAAGAGCGAGCAGGAGUGCCAGCGCAGCAGCCUGUGGGCAAUGUUUCACUUCGUCGCGCCCAGCCAUGCGGCCCAGAUGCUGUAUGCCCACGCCGCCAUCCAGGAGCAGAAGCCCUUCACCCUCAGCCUCGAGUUCAAGCCCGCCACCAACGAUCACUUGGGGGAGCACAUCCCCCUCAUUGGCAUCCCCUCCCUGCUGCAGCUGGGCAAGAGCAGCGGGGAGCCUGUGGAUGUGCCCACCGGCUACUUCUUUGUCAUCCUGCGGCCCAACACACAGGCCGAGGCUCAGCAGCAGGGGCUGCCGCCGCUGGUCACCAUCCCUGAUGUCGCACCAGUCGCCGAGAGCACGCUGCGCCCUUCCGCACUGGAGAGUACCUUCGCACCGCUUUCCCCCCGCCCCAGCAGCGAGCAGCCUGAGGCGCUGUCAGAGGUGUCGCUGGGGCCGCUGAUAGGGGUGGGGGCCCACGGCAAGGUUUACCGCGGCUGCUGGGGUUCUCUGAAGGUAGCAGUCAAGAUCCUGGACUGCUGGAUGGACGAGGGCGAGGAUGCAGCUGACGCCCAGGGCAAAGGGCCCCUGCUGGAGGCGGUGGACGAGGCGCCCGACGAGCCCGGCGUGCGCGGCAAGCAGCUGCAGCAGGUGUGGAUCGUGAGCGAGUACUGCGACAGCGGCACCCUGAACGACGCCAUCGACCGAGGCUGGCUGCGCACCCGGCGGGCCCUGGACGCCCCGCCCGACAUGCGCGCGCUGCUGCAGACCGCGCAGGCGAGCUCGGGGCGCGCUGCCUCACAGCCUGCUGCUGGCAUUGAACGCUGA